AUGGCAUCUUCAUCGCAUUUGGCUUUUCAAGUGAAGUGUUGUAUACAGAGGCCUUCUGUUUCAGAAAAUUUUCAUAAUUUGAAAACUUCACUCUCUUCUUUUAUCAAGCCAUUCUUCGUAGAGUUGGAACAACUUUCUAUGCAAAUUGAUGUUUCCAAAACCGUCAAGAACACUUGUUUGAGAUUACUGGAUGUUUUUGUUGAUUCCAUGUUCGAGUUUGUUGACCAGCCAUUGCUCCCCUCUCAGAGAAACUUUGCUCCAGUUGAUGAACUACAGGAAGCUGUUGUUGUCACCAGCAUCGAAGGAAAAGUUCCAAGUGAUUUCCCAGAAGGUGAAUAUAUAAGAAAUGGAUCAAAUCCUCUUUUUGGAGGACUAAAAUCAACUGUAUCUAUGUUUGGACGAUCAAGUCACAUUUGGGUCGAAGGAGAAGGGAUGCUUCAUGCUUUGUAUUUUGAUAAAGUUAGUGAUGGAAGCUGGACAGUCACCUACAACAACAAAUAUGUUGAAAUCGAAACAUUCAAGUUAGAAAAACAAAGAAACAAGCCAUCUUUUCUUCCUGCAAUAGAAGGCACUUCCACAACAAUAUUAUCAGCUUACUUGCUAAAUUUGGUGGGGAAGUACUACUCAGUUGCUGAAAAUCACGUGCCUCAAGAAAUCAACAUCUUCACACUUGACACUUCAGGAAAUUGGGAUGUCAAUGGAGCUUGGAAUCGGCCUUUUACCAACCAUCCCAAGAGAGCCCCAGAAAUAGGGGAGCUGGUUAUAAUGGGGGUGGAUGCAAGAAAACCUUUCAUGGAAUUAGGAAUAGUCUCAGCUGAUGGAAAGAGAUUAGUUCAUAAAGUUGAUCUCAAAUUCAAUAGGUGUUCCCUUUCUCAUGACAUAAGAGUUACACAGAGGUACAAUGUGAUCAUGGAUUUUCCACUCACUAUAGACCUACACAGACUCCUUAAAGGUGGCCCGUUAAUAAAAUUUAACAAGUCAGAAUAUACAAGAAUUGGAAUCAUGUCUCGCUAUGGCGAUGUAGACUCAAUCAAGUGGUUUCAUGUUGUUGUGAGGGCAUGUAAGGCUCUUGAUUCAAUCAUACCAGGACCUGAUAUGGGUCUGAAUAAAUUUAAGUGGUUUUCAAGUAGGCUUAAGCAUGUAGAAUCAAUUGAUGAGUAUACUGAUUCAGAGGAAGGAUCGCUUUUUACUCGUUGCUAUGAGUGGAGAUUAAAUAUGGAAACUGAAGAUGUUAAGGAAAGAUACCUGACAGGAACUGAAUUCUCUAUGGAUUUUCCAAUGAUCAAUAGAGAUUUUACUGGUGUUAAAAAUAAAUAUGGCUAUACCCAAGUUACCGAUUCCAGUGCUAGCUCUGACUCAGGUAUGGCUAAAUAUGGAAGUCUAGCAAAACUAUACUUUGAAGAGCCAAAAACUGAUAAAACCAAUCCUAAAGAGGGCCAAUCUGAAGAGCUGAUAAAGGUGGAAUACCAUAAAUUCGAGCAGAAUACUUUCUGCACUGGAGCUGCCUUUGUUCCUAAACUAGGAAGUCAAGAAGAUGAUGAUGGUUGGAUCAUCACUUUUGUCCACAAUGAAGAUACAAACAUGUCUAAAGCUUAUAUAAUUGACACAAAAAAGUUCACAAGUGAGCCAGUUGCCAAAAUAGCAUUGCCUUGCAGAGUCCUAUAUGGAUUUCACGGAGCUUUCAUGACGCAGCGAGAAUGCCAUCACCAACUUCAAAGACUUGCUUUCGACAAUGUUGGUCAGCUGCCUUCUUAUACUUAA